AUGCGACGACAGCAGGGUAUGCGUCUAGACGAGAGGUACGUUCUGUACUUGCAGAUGACCGGCUUGUACCAUCUUGCGAGGUUGAAUGAGAGAUGGUUUAGGCUAGAUGAGCCCCUAGUUAGUGUGUUCGUGGAGCGCUGGCGUCCGGAGACAUACACGUUCCAUAUGCUGUUCGGGGAGUGCACUAUUACAUUACAGGACGUGACGUACCAGUUAGGAUUGCUGAUCGAUGGGCAUUAUGAGUUGCUUAGUGUGGUACCUCAUGCGAACCAAAUCCAAAAGUUUGCAGUGAGCUGCAGCUGGUUGCAGGAGACAUUUGGAGAGCUUCCCGAGGGAGCCGAUGAGCCCACUGUUAGGAGGUAUGCCCGGGCCUAUAUCAUGAUGUUGUUAGGGACUCAACUAUUUGUCGAUAAGUCCGGCAACCGCAUUCACAUUAGGUGUCUCUCAUACAUAACUAGGCUUAAGGACAUGGGUGGGUACAGCUAG